UCUUCCUGCUCAUGACUCUUCAAACAACGUGGUCUUAAGACACGUAUCUCUAGGGCCUCGUCCCGAAGGACGUCGGCCUAACUCCAAAGCCUUCCAGACGUUUCCUCCCAGUCUUGGCUCCAUAGGGUCUUUCGGCUUCUGCCUCUCCCUCCCGAAAACACAGCCCACCCCUCAGAGCCCCUCGCUCCGGGUAGGCGUCUUCCUACCGCAGGUCCGUGAAGCUGCUGCCUUUGCAGUAACCACACCACAACAGUGAGCUUGGAGAACAAGGACAGGUCAGACACUCCAGCAGCGCCCCCUCCUGUCUGUCAGGUGGGGUUCCUGUGUCACCCCUGCAGGAGCCCCACCCUCUUUGGCCAAGAUGCCUUUGGGACUCUCUGCAGGGAGCAUCCGCUCCAAUGAUGGAAGGGAGGCCUUCCUGGAGAGAAUGGCGGACUGGGAGCUGAGCCAGCUGCAGCGGCAGUGCGAAGCGAUGGAGGGCGAGAGGCAGGCUUACAAUAAGGCAGUCCAAGGGCGCAUCAACAAGCAACUGGAGGAGAUCCAGCGCCUGGAGGGGGUGCGGGAUACACUCCAGGCGCAGAUCAGCGUGGCCCAGAGCCAGGCCAAGCGGCUGCGGGACAACCAGAAGCUGGAGAACAUGGGCCAUCUGCUGAAAUGUCGCGUCCAGGUGCAGGCUGAGAUUGAGGAGCUGCAGGAGCAGACCCGAGCCCUGGACAAGCAGAUCCAGGAGUGGGAGACCCGGAUCCUUACCCACAGUAAGUCUGACAAGGCCCUGGGACUCGUCCUGGAUCAGAAGGUCAAGAUCCGGCGAAGGAUCAAGACCCUAGAAGACCAGCUGGACCGGGUCACCUGUCGCUUUGACACCCAGCUGGUGCGGAACGCCGCCCUGCGGGAAGAGCUGGAUCUCCUGUGCAUUGAGCGGAACUGCUACUUGAAUGUGGACCAUCAGAUGCAGAAGGAAAUCAGGCUCCUGGAACGCUCGGUAGGCGCCCUCAUGGUCUCCUCUUCGGUCGCCUACAACGUCAGAGAGGACACAAAGACCAAGCUGGCCCUGCUGCAGGAGAAGGCGGACAAGGAGGUGGCCCAGAACCAGACAGAGGUGCAGGGGACGGGGCUGGGGGGCGUCCCAAACGGCCAAGGCCGGGGCUGGGGGGUGGUCCUGGUGCGAGGGGUGGGGGAGCGGGGCCGAGUGAGCGGCCUUUGCUCCCCGCACCCAGGCCCCUCUGCCGACCUCACCGCCCCAACUCCCCCAGCCCAGGAGAUGGCCGAAGGCCUCCGGAAGACGUCCCAGGAGGCGCUGGUGCUGCGCUGCGAAGACGCCCUGAACAAACUGUUCCAGCUGACGGGGGAGAGCGACCCGGACCUGCUGGCGGAGAGGUACCUGCAGAUGGAGGAGCGCAACUUCGCGGAGUUCACCUUCAUCAACGAGCAGAACUCGGAACUAGAGCGCCUGCAGGAGGAGAUCAAGGCGUUGCGGGAGACCUUGGCCGCCACCCGCACCCGGGAGGAUGCCCUUCGGGAGCAGCGGGAGCAGCAGCAGAGGGCCCUGCAGCAACAAACGGACGAGGUGCGCGCGGAGGCCGACAAGGUGGAGGCCCGCUUCCAGGACCUUCAGGGGCAGCUGGAGAAGCUCAAGGCCGGCAUCCAGCAGCUCUUCGCCAGGGCCCAGUGUGACAGCACCCUCAUCGAGGACCUCCUGGGGGUCGAGACCCACAUGCGGGACCGAGACAUCAGGCUCUUGCUGGGCCUCAUUGAGAAGAGGGUGGUGGAGCUCCUGACGGUACAGGCUUACGCAGAGGUGCGGCUGGAGACCCUCACCUCCUCAGCCGAGGACCCUGCGCUCCUGGCUCUGGGCCAGGGCCCUGAGGACCUUCCAGAUACCCAGGCCCCGUCGCCCCCGCUCCCGCCACAGCUCCCGGACAGUCAGGAUGACCCCCCAGGCUUCGAGGCCAAAGACGACUAUCCGAUGAGCAAGGAAGAACUGCUCAGCCAAGUGACGAAGCUGCUGGAGGCGCAGGAGCAGCAGCAGGCGAAGGAAUUAGCGGAGGGUGUGAGGAAGGUCGACAGCAACCUGAGCGACCUCAGCCUCAGCCUCUCCAUGACCCAGAGGAUGGGCUCAGGCUCCCCCAUGAAGAAGGCCAGGAGCCCCAGUGGGGUCCCCAGGGCCAUCCUGAGCCAGAGGACUAGCAGUGCCCUGGCCUCCAGCGGAGGCCACGCUGCCAGCGCCGGCGGCCGCGUCCCCUUCAGCGAGCCCGGCUCCAGCACGGGCCGCGUGACCUUCGGUUCCACCAGUGCCAUGGGGGGGCCCGCAUCCAGCUGGGGCUCGACUGGGGGCCGCGUAACCUUCCGAACCCCCAGUUCGAGUAGCUACCUGGGAUCCACCGGAUACUUAAGGUCCAGCAGAGGCCACGAGACCCCCUCCGGUGCGGAGACCAAAGGCACCGGGUCAGAGUCAAGCGGAGGCCUGGGGCCUAGCGGAGGCCAGGCCUCUAGCCCCAUCCCGACCUCUAGCCCCGUCCCGACCUCCAGCGCCAGCAAAGACUAGGCUCUCCCCACCCGCCCCUGCUCCCUGCCUUUGGCUCCCUGCAGGGCCCUCUCUGCAUCUCUCUGCCCUGAGAUUCUCCUGUGACUCUCCUGGUUCCAGCCCUCUGGGAAGCUUUGUGUCACAUCUGUCUGCACCUGCCCUUCCCCGUGUCCCUGUUUCCACCCGCUCCUCGUCUCCUCCGCUCUGUCUCCUGGUCCCUUUCUGUCUUCCCCACUUCCUGUCGUCUCGCUUCCCAUUCGCUGUGUCUCUGUCUUGUGUUCCCAUCUCUGCCCCCGGCUCCGCUGGUUCUCCGGUGGUUCCCCACCUCCCGUUUCUGCUUCCCUACUUCUAAUUCCCUCUCCUCUCGCUGUCUUCCAGGCUCUUCUUGAACUUCAUGUCCCCAUCUCUGUAGCUCCUCGCGGUCCUCGCCCUCCUUGAGAGCCCCCAGUGCUCACCCCCCCGCCCCGUACUGGGCACCAGGGCAAGACUUGGGGCAAAGAUGUCAGGGUCCGCAUGAGCUCCGCCUGUAGAAAAUAAAGGUCAGAGCCUGACUUA